AUGCCUCCAGUCGAACCUAGACGACAAGACGAGCCGCGACCUCAUGCGGGACCAAGAGUGCAAGUCGAGUUAAGAGCACAGACGGAGCCUAGACCACCAACAGAACUAGGACAUCUGGAAGAGCAGAGAGGGAGACGAGUGAGUCAGCCCGGUCAUCAACAUGCGUUUUCAGGAGGCCCUUAUAGUGGAAACGGCGGAGGCUAUGCUACGAGUCAAAGCUAUGGCGGUGGUUAUGGUCAACACGUACCGUACUUCCAGACUCAAGCGCCAUACAACCAAGGCCAGCAUUACCCGCAAGGUCACUACAAACCCUAUCACCAUGGAGGGUGGAACGAUUACAAUCAUUCCAGCGGUAGUGCGAACGCGCAGGGUGGAUCCGGCUCGGAUGGUGCCGCAGGAGCUAAGCCAGGCGGUGCAGGUAAUGCAGGGAAAGGAGGUGCAGGAGGAAAAUGGUAA